AUGGAUGCCGAGCCCCAUGACGCAAUCGCCAUCAGGAGCAGUGGUGCCAAACCUCGUCGAGCACACAAGAAGGCCAAGACAGGAUGCGCUGACUGCAGGAAGCGCCGCGUCAAGUGUAGCGAGGAGAAGCCCGCGUGUCGUGCGUGUUGUCGUCGAGGGGUCCAGUGCCAAUACCCGUCCCAAACCACAUCCUUGUCUGCGGCGCACUCACCGGCCACCGACGAGACUUCCCCAUAUUCAUCUUCAACACAGCCGUUGGCCCAUAACCACCACGUUUCUCCAAUUCCCGGUCUAGUCAUUCCAAGUGCGACGUCGCGUGAGCCCUCGUCUGCCAGAUAUAGCAUGGAGGACAUGGCACUGCUUCACCACUGGACGGUCUCAACCAGUCUCGGCAUGUAUAAGAAUUCGAGCUUAUCGAAAUCUGGUCAAGUCCUUUUUCCGCAAAUAGCUUUCAAAUAUCCGUUUGUGAUGCAAGCUCUGCUGGGCGUGGCUGCCCUGCAUAUGGCAUAUCUUGAGCCUCAUGAAAGGCUGAGACGUACAGCAGACGCAGCUCGCUACCAUAGCGAAGGUUUGCAGGGUUUCAACAAAGCUAUACAAUUUAGUAAUGACGAAACGGCGGAUUCGUUGUUCGUCUGGUCUUCCCUCAAUCUUCUUUACGUGUUUGGCAUCUCUGGCCGACUAGGUGAAGGCCUUUGGGACGACUCAGGCUGGGGCAACCGCAAAGAUCGCAUACUGGGCAUGGGCUGGGUUCCAAUGCUUCGAGGUGUCCAAACUGUGUUGACUCCAUCCUUUUUUACUUUAAGAGACGGCCCGUUGGGUGAGCUUUUGAGUAUUGGAAACUGGGAUGAAAUAGACCCGGACAAAGUAAUUGAGGCCAAUGACCAGCAGUUUUGCCUCACGAGGGAGGCGUGGAAGAACAGCCCCGAUGCACCAACCUACGAAAAGACGUUGCAGGUUCUUAGACAAUGUCGGAUGUUUAUGGCACAAUUUAACACCGAAGAACCCGAGGAGGCGAUCAUCAACAGGGCAUGGCAAGGGGCUUUUCUCCUCGUGCCUUUUGCUCCUGAGGAAUACUUUACUCUCCUGCAGCAAAGACAGCCACCAGCAUUGAUCUUGUAUGCUUUUUAUGGUGCCUUGUUGCAUGCACUCAAUGAUUCGUGGCUCUUGGAAGGCUGGGGCUAUGAUAUAGUUGAGCUUAUUGAUGAUUUAUUAGGUCCCUACUGGAAACAAUGGAUAUCAUGGCCAAUUGAGGUUGUAGGUUUACACGCAAAGAAUUAG